AUGGUGGACUCCUCCCAAGCAAGUUACGAUGCGGCCUUCGCGUCGCUCGCGGGGCGGUUCCGGAAGGAGGGGUGGGAAGCGCGGCAAGAAGACCCACCACAGGCAUACCUCCAUGUCACCAAGCCGCACUGGUUUGACGCCAAGCUGAAUGGCAUCCAUUUUGAGACCUAUGUUCUCGGCAGCCAGGUCGCGGCUGGCUCCGCACCAGUCUGCCUGCAUUGCGAGCACGAUUGCCCUUUCCAAGCUGCAUUCAUGGAGAAGUUCACCGAGCGUGCGCGCAGCAUCAUUGAGGGGUGGCCUGGCUACAGCAUCCUGGGCCCCAGAGGUUGCAGCGUCUGCGAGGUGCAGGUUCCGCUGGGCACGAGCCCGGAUGCGACGGUGGCGGCACUGGAGCAGGAACUCCUGCGCCUUCAGCAGCUGGCUCCGUUGGUUGACGAGGUGAUAGAGGAGCUGGCAGGGAGCUCGGGCGCAAGCGUCCACUUGCUCCGGAAGGCUUUGCGUUCCACCGACCUGAACCUGGCCGUAGAUCGCCUGCACCUCUUCGUGGCCGACUUUGAGUUGCAGUGGAGCAAGGUUUCUGGGCAAGAGUGGCGCGGCUACGCUGUUGCCUGGCCCCUCGCCGUCCUCUGCUACGCUGUCACACAGGGCCUGCAGGCCUUCAUCUUGGACGAAGGUGUUGAACUGACAAACGGGCUCAGGACAGCUGUUCGCAUUACCCAAAUCACCUCGGUUCUCAGCUUCGCUCUGUCCAGCGCAGUCGUGAUGCUUGCCGCUUACGUGCAGUCUCAUCUCCUGCUGGGCUUGGACAAGAGCCUCGACUGCUGGUGCUGUCAAGUCAUCAACACGCCAGCCUUUGACUUUGGCGUGCAGAGUUGGAACAGCCUACAGGCUCUACUGAAAUGCGUUGGCCGAGAGCUUGCCAGCAGCUUCUUGUCCUUCCAGGUUUUGGGUUCUUUGGGCUUCUUCUACUUUCUGGCCAGCAGCGUUGCGUACGCCUUCAGGACGGACUUCCAUGCGAUUACUAUCGCCGUGGAGGCUUUGUCGUCGUUACCCUUGCUGUUCCUCUUCGUCCUCAGUAUGCGACUUUUUGCCAAGGGCGCUGCACUUACAGAGAAGUGCCGGGCCGUCCCAGCUUUCGUGAACCAGAUACCGACCACCAAGUGGAUCGACUUUAAUCGCCAGUACCUGGUGACGUUCAUUACGGACAGCUCGCCAGGAUUCUUCGUCCGAGAAGUCAAGAUUUCUCAGGAGAUGUUAGUGAGACAGUUCAUCGUGGUUGGCGGCUUGCUGUCUGGGCUCUUCGGUGCGCUUUCGAGACUCUACCUCUCCUGA